ACGAAGAAAUCAAAUUAGUGAUCGAUCCAGCCGUUGUUGUAGGACCCCAAUGCCUCUUCUAAGCGCCUAUUUUUUCUCCGCUCUUCUUUCUCUCAACAACAACAACUCCGACCACAAAUUCUCUCUCCAUGCCAACCGCUCUGUCAACGAUUUUCCAUCUUUACAUUCUUCUUAAUUCAAUCCUCCUCCUUUUUUGUCCCCAAGAAACUUAGAUCAUUUCUCGCUCCCUCUCGGUUCUCCAAUUCCCAGCGCCAAACUAGUAGCACAGAAGAACCACCCAAGCAAUCAUCCCUACCUACGUCGUCGUGGUCGUUAAUUCAGCAAACAAUGGAGACGGCAGAGCUGAAGCGGGUGUUCCAGAUGUUCGACAGGAACGGGGAUGGCCGGAUCACAAAGAAGGAGCUCAAUGACUCGCUGCAGAAUCUGGGCAUCUUCAUCCCCGACAGCGACCUCGGCCAUAUGAUCGAGAAGAUCGACGUGAACGGAGAUGGGUGCGUGGACGUUGAGGAGUUCAAUACAUUGUAUAAGACGAUAAUGGACGAGCGGGACGAGGAAGAGGACAUGAGGGAGGCAUUCAAUGUGUUUGACCAGAACGGAGAUGGGUUCAUCACGGUUGAGGAGUUGAGGUCGGUGCUGUCGUCGCUGGGGCUGAAGCAAGGGAGAACCGUGGAAGAUUGCAAGAAGAUGAUAAACAAGGUGGACGUGGAUGGAGAUGGGAUGGUGAAUUACAAGGAGUUCAAACAGAUGAUGAGAGGAGGGGGGUUUGCUGCUUUGAGUUGAUGGGAUUUGUAGGGGAUUCAUGUAUAUAAUUUCGGAAUUAAACUCCGGGGGCCUUUGUCAUCAAGAUUCAAGAAUUAAUACGUCACAUUCAAUCUGUGGGUUAAUUGAUUUUUUGUAUUUGUGUGAAUUGGUAAUGGUUUUGAUGUUGCUUAUCUAUAUAUUUCUUCACUUUCAUCUUGGUCGGAUCUUGAAACCAACCGGUUAUGUUUGAUUCUGGUUACCUGGUUUAGACCCGAUUAAUUAGGUGCCAUUUGGUAAGUCUUUUGUGGGUUUUUACAUAAAGAUUUUAUAGUAGUUCAACGUUUGGUUGGAGGUGCA